AUGGAGACCCGCCAGGUGCCCAGGAGCCCCCGAGUGCGGCUGCUGCUGCUGCUGAUUCUGCUGCUUGUGCCCUGGGGCGACCACACUGCCUCAGGAGUCGCCCUGCCCCCUGCGGGGGUCCUCAGCCUCCGCCCCCCCGGGCGGGCCCGGGAGGGCCCCGCCACCCCGCUGUCGCGGCGGAGCCUGGCGUUGGCUGACGACGCGGCCUUCCGGGAGCGCGCGCGGCUGCUGGCCGCCCUCGAGCGCCGCCACUGGCUGAACUCGUACAUGCACAAGCUGCUGGUGCUGGACGCGCCCUGA